UAUUGACGGCAGACAUGUAUUAUUUUUCGACCAAAAUUAAUUAGAGAAACCGGAUGCCCUGAUAGUCGCCAGAAUAAUUGGAUUUAAAAUCGAGUUCCUCUCUGAUAGUCAAACUGCGUGAAACUAACUCGCGAAUAAAACAAACACAAAAUAUUUGGAUACGUCAUCUCGUUAUCGAGCCGCUCGCACUUCCGCAGAAGUUUCAAUAAACCAAUUAUACGUUCACCGCUCGGAUAACGAAAGUCGGAGAUGACCAUAUUUCGCUGCCGCGAGGCUUCCUUAAAAGCGACGAGACCACUCGUGGACUCUAUUAGUUCAGUUUAGCGAUUCACCGAUUUCGUUAUACGAUCUUUCAAACGCCAACAUGAAACGAGGGCUACUGUUGCUCGCUGUUUUUUCUCUGUGUGCUGUGCUCGAUGUAGAAGGCAUUCGUACGGCUGUCCGGAGAUGCAUCCGUCGCCACCCGAAUGGACUUUGUGCGAGCUGGUUGCAUCCAAAGGAUAUUUUGCGAAGAAGUCAACCGAAUGACAUGGUUCAUCGUUUGGGCAGAGAAGUAAAGAACGAUCAGUACGCUGGCAACUACUACAGCUACAGUGCCAACCCAGAGCAAUUCAGAACGUCGUGUCGCGAAGCCAUUUGCACCAACGCCCUCGGCUACCCUUCUGAGCGUAUCAACGACGCCGUCAAUCUGGUUCGUCGAAUCAUGACGUCGUCCCAUCCCAACAUGGUGAACAAACGCAAGGAGAUCGACCCAGAGGUCCUCAACUUCCACUCCAGACCUCAAAACAAGGUCAGCAACGAAGACGUCGAAGCUAACGUCGACGGGUGUGACAUUCAUGCUAACAUGAAACGACCCCAAGAGGGUAUCAGCCUCGACGACGAGAGACGUUACUUGAUCGUCAACAUCCCGAGUCUACAGCAACGCGUCCAGUUCAUCGAAUGCCUCGGCGGAAAAUCGGAAGCCUGCGAUGUCGAAGGCGACUCGACCUGCCAGCAAGCCUACCGCGAGGAGUCGUUUCUCGCGUUGCCGGCAGACCUCCACAGACGCUACGAGGCUAGAGAUUUCAAAAUCAAGAAGUUCAGGGUUCCCAACGGCUGCAAGUGCGGUGAAGGCGUAGAUCUGGUCGUGAACUUCGAUUAAGAGUCGAUCCAUCGCGAUGCGAGUGUGCGUAUGAUUGUGAUCGAGGCAUGGAAUAAAGAUAGAGUGCGUGUGAGAUCGUAAA